GCACGACUGCGCUGCCGGUAUCUUGUUCUGCAACAGUGCUUUGACUAGCCUUUUAUUACGCAUUUGGCCUUGGUGCUGUGAUGGAGAAGUUCAGUGGAAAAGUGGUGAUCAUUACAGGUGCAUCAAGUGGAAUAGGAGAGGCCACUGCCGUUGCCUUUUCAAAACAAGGGGCAAAAUUAACAAUUUGUGGAAGAAACAAAGAAAGGCUAGAAGAAACUGCUAAAAAAUGUAGAGAUAAUGGCGCAGAGGUUUUACAAAUAGUUGGAGAUCUAUCAAAGUUUGAAGAAUUGAAACCCGUGAUCGAUAUAACAGUUAGCAAGUUUUCCAGAAUUGAUAUCUUGAUAAACAACGCGGGUCGCCUGGAACAUUGUCCAAUUUCUGAACUCCAGCUUGAUUUAUUUGAAGAUUUGUUUGCGAUUCUUGUUCGUGCACCUGUUUUUCUUUGUAAAUAUGCAUUGCCUCACCUUAAAGAGACAAAAGGUUGCGUGGUCAAUGUGUCAAGUACAGCAAGUCUCAAAACAUUUCCUUUGACAUUCAAUGUGUCGUACGAAAUGUUUAAGGCAGCGUUAGACAAUUUCACAAGAGGAUUUUCAGCAGAAUGUGCUUCAUAUGGCGUUCGUGUUAACAGCAUCAAUCCAGGUGUUGUGAAAACGAGACUUGUUGAAAAUUUAAAAUACACAAAAGAGCAACAAGAGAAGAUUAUGGAAUAUUUCAGUAAAAUUCACAAGCUUGGAUUUAUGGAACCAGAAACUAUAGCUGAUGGAAUAGUAUUUUUAUGUUCUUCGUCUCACAUUACUGGUAUAAUGCUGCCGGUAGACUCCGGAUCUUUGAACGCUUGAAACUAACUCAUUUUCAAGUAGCAAAUAAAUACAUACCAUGUAUUAAAUAAAAUAUUAAUUCC